GCCCGCUCCGCACUCAUGCAGCGCCGGGACGACCCCGUCGCGCGGCUGUGCCGGCCCCUGGGCCGCGGCGGCGCCGUGGAUCCCUCAGGCGCCCACCCGCCGCCGCGCCAGGCGCCGUCCCGGCAGCCGCUGCCCUCUCACCGGCCCCGGGGCGGCGGCGGAGGCCCUCGGGGCGGCGGCGGAGGCUCUCGGGCCGCGCCGGGCACGCAGCCGCCGCCGCUGCUGCCGCCCUCAGCCACUGGCGGGGGCCCCGAGGUGGGCGGGGGCGGCCCGGCGCCGGCCCCGACCCCGCUGCUGCCGCCCUCCGCCACGGCCGCCGCCAAGAUGGAGCCCGAGAACAAGUACCUGCCUGAGCUCAUGGCAGAGAAGGACUCCCUCGACCCAUCUUUCACCCACGCCAUGCAGCUGCUGGCCGCAGAAAUCGAGAAGAUUCAGAAGGGUGAAUCAAAGAAAGAUGAUGAGGAGAACUACCUGGAUUUAUUUUCUCACAGGAACAUGAAACUGAAGGAACGAGUCCUGAUACCAGUAAAACAGUAUCCCAAGUUUAAUUUCGUGGGGAAGAUCCUGGGACCUCAAGGGAACACGAUCAAAAGACUGCAAGAGGAAACUGGGGCCAAAAUAUCAGUAUUAGGAAAAGGUUCCAUGAGAGACAAAGCAAAGGAGGAAGAGCUACGCAAAGGAGGAGACCCAAAGUAUGCCCACUUAAACAUGGACCUACAUGUGUUCAUUGAAGUCUUUGGUCCCCCCUGUGAGGCUUAUGCCCUUAUGGCUCAUGCUAUGGAAGAAGUCAAGAAGUUCCUUGUGCCGGAUAUGAUGGAUGAUAUCUGCCAGGAACAGUUUCUUGAAUUAUCUUAUCUGAAUGGUGUGCCUGAGCCUAAUCGUGGGCGUGGGGUACCAGUAAGAGGAAGGGGAGCAGCUCCUCCACCUCCACCUGUUCCCAGGUGCCACAUUUUAAGAGGGACAUUGAAAAGCUGGAGUGUGUCCAGAGGAGGGCGACCAGGAUGGGGCCGUGGUGUUGGGCCUCCGCGAGGAGCCCUGGUCCGUGGUGCUCCGGUGAGAGGGGCCAUCACUAGAGGUGCCAGUGUGGCCCGUGGGGUGCCUCCCCCUCCAGCAGUAAGGGGAGCCCCUACUCCAAGAGCCCGAGCCACAGGCAUCCAGAGAAUACCUCUUCCUCCACCCCCAGCACCAGAGACUUACGAAGACUAUGGAUAUGAUGAUACCUAUGCUGAGCAAAGUUAUGAAGGAUACGAAGGCUAUUAUAGCCAGGGCCAAGGGGACUCUGAGUAUUACGACUAUGGACAUGGAGAGGCACAAGAUUCUUAUGAAGCUUAUGGUCAAGACGACUGGAAUGGGACAAGGCCCUCCCUGAAGGCCCCUCCAGCUAGGCCAGUGAAGGGGUCAUAUAGAGAGCACCCAUAUGGACGUUAUUAAAACAAACAUGAGUGAAAAUUAUCAGUUAUGAGCAAAGUUGUUACUGAUUUCUUGUAUCUCCCAGGAUUCCUGUUGCUUUACCCACAACAGACAAGUAAUUGUCUAAAUGUUUUUCUUCGUGAUUCCCUUUUUCUCCCCCCUUCCUCCAUCCUCACCCUGCAUUCUGGCUUCUGUAUGUAGUAUUUUAAAAUUAGUUAAAAUAGAUUUAGGAAUAUCGAAUUAAUUUUUUUAAAGUGUGUAGAUGCUUUUUCUUUCUUUGUUGUUUAAAUAUAAACACAACUGUACCUUUUAUAAUAAAAACAGAAGUUGAGUUAAAAAAAAAACUGUUAGUUUCCAAAGUGGCAUUGCUUGCUUAAGGGUUCUGAAGUUAAAGCUUUGUUAACGUACUCUUAGGUUUGGUUUGAGGCAACCCGUAAAGUUGUAGUUGCAGAUUCCCAAACUAGGCUACAUUUCAAAAUUCAGGGCUGUUUUUAAGACUUAAAAUCAUAAUAUUAACGGUAGUAGGUGCCACCGUUUAAAAGUAAGCUCAGAUGUCAAAUACAUUUCCUUAAAAGCAUAUGGCGGUUGAAUCUAAGUUUAAAUUUUUAAUAUGAAAGAUCCUCAUGAAUUAAAUAGUCGGUGUAUUUUUUUUAAGUUAAUUGAUUUAAAAAAAACCAACAAAAAAAAAUUAGGUUUGUAAAAUUGACUUUUUCAUAUGUGGGUUUUGAAAUCUAGCCCCAAACAUACAGUGUUGAGAGAUACUUAAGGAGUAGGUUUUGAAAUGGGGUG